ACAUGUUUCUCUAAAAGGGUAAUAUGUACGUCAUCACCAUCGACUACAUGAUAGUAAAUGAGAGACGAGAGGCUCAGUUUUCCUGUCCAGUCAGCAUCAAAAUCCCAGGACAAGAGUGCAACCUUCCCAUGGAACAGCGUCUCCUCUGCGGACACCGCUCUGUAUCCAAGCCACACUGCCUCUCCAAGGGCUGCUGCUUCAGCAAGAAACCCCGUGCCUGCUACUACCCCAUGGAUGAGUGCACUGUCGACCGUCACUUUGUCUUCUCGGUGCCUGCCUCCCUCACUGAGCCCCCUCUCUCCCCUGCCCUGCUUGCUACUGCUGGUAACUCGCCCUGCAAACCUCAGAAAGUGACGUCUAGCUACGCCUUGUUCAAGAUCCCAAUGGACAGCUGUGGGACGCACAGAGUGAUGGUGGGAAAAACCAUGGUCUACAUAGUGGAGGUCAUCAACACGGUUCAGACGCUCUCCCUCAACUACGGCACCAUUACAAGAGAUUCUCCUGUCAGGUUGUUGGUGGAGUGCCGGUAUGUGCCAAAUACUGUUCUGAGUGUGAGCUACAUGGUCAAAACUCCCACACUGGGACCUAAUGUCCAGUCUCAGGCGGUGUUUGGAGUCCAGCUCAGGAUUGCCGAAAAUGACUUGUACACCAGCUACUACCCUCAGUAUCACCAGCCCCUGCAGAUGUUGCUGGGGAGACCCCUUUACUUGGAAGUGCGGCUGCUCAACUCCCCGGAUCCAGAUUUGGUGCUGCUGGUUCACUUCUGUGUGGCAUACCCCCGCUCUGGCAAAGCUGUGUGGCUGCUGCUUUACAACGGAUGUCCAAACCCCUUGGACCCGGCUUUGCAGCAGGCUGUUCUGUUACAUCCUCCACCGCCCCCUCCUCAGGCUCAGACCCGCCGCUUCACAAUCACCACCUUCCAGUUCCUUCCGGAUGGUGAGUUCAAGGACCCCGACGAAGAGAUCUACUUCAUGUGCUCAACGGAAAUCUGCUCACCAGAGGAUGGGCCCUGUGUCGAGGGAUGCUUUGGCCAGUGACCGGUAAGAAAAACGAGCACUCUGUUCUCCUAUUACCCUCCACGCCCUUUUUUAUUAUUUUUUUUUAAUUCUGGA